AUGAUUUUAACACUCCUUUGUGCUCUUUACGCACUUCCAGGCCCUUACCAGUUUCAAUUACAAAACGGGACCUAUCAAUUGUAUUCGAUAAACAGGAGAUUGUGUCCCGAAUUUGAUCCACAAAGAGACACCAUAUUUGAAUUAUACACCAGAAAAAACCCGACGAACCCGCAAAUAUUACUAACAGGAAAUGAAAACUCCAUUCGUUCUUCGAAUUUCGACUUCACCAAACCCACUAUAAUUUUUUUCCACGGAUUUCUGGAGUCCUCAAAGUCGGACAACUCGAUUCAAAUACGAGACAGUUAUCUGAAAUAUGGCGAUUUCAACGUUAUCCUGGGCAACAACGAGCGCUUGCUGGCGGGUCCUGACUACCUAACAGCCGCUCUAAACGUGUUGCCCAUUGGAAAAUACUCAGCGAAAUUCUUGGACUAUCUCGUCUCGUUGGGCAUGGAUCGUAAAAGUCUCCACAUCAUCGGGAUGAGUCUCGGCGGGCAAGUAGCCGGUUUGACCGGAAAGCAUAUGGAAAACAAGGCGAGGCGAGUUACAGGACUCGAUCCGGCGGGACCGUGGUUUUCUCUACAAUCACAGGAUCAGCGAAUUGGACCAGAUGAUGGAGAAUUCGUGGAUGUUUUGCACACCAAUGCGGGUGUAAACGGUAUCAACAUACCCAGUGGUAAAGUUGAUGUGUGGUUUAAUGGCGGUUCCUCCCAACCUGGUUGUAGUUUUAAGGAAAUCUUAGAAAGAAAUCCGACUUCAGUAUCUGAACAAGUGUUUUGCAAUCAUUACCAGGCCUACAGGGUCUACGUGAAAUCGAUACUCGAACCGAAAAUUUACAAACUUACGAAAUGCACGAGCUACGAGGCCUAUCAAAACGGCAACUGCGACUCGAACGAUACUACAUACUUGGGAGAGGAAAUGGACGAAACGGCAAGAGGAAACUAUUACAUUACGACUGGCGUAACGGCGGUUGAAAUUUGA